GUGUACUCCAAAGUCACCCGUCUCAAAAAUCUCAACUUCUAGGAAUAAACAAAUAAUACCUUGUAGAUUAAAGCUUCACUUCACCAUAGCCAUCAUCUUCAUUUCCACACCAGCAAUAGUAGAAUCAACAGCUCAAACUUGCCCUGCUUGAACAUGAUCGGGCUUGGCUGCACCGUAGAUGGGUAUCUAAACGACUCCAAGUUCGAUCAACCGGUACCAUGGAUCGGCAUCUACAUAGCCGUGGCAUCCGCCGCCUGUGCAAUCGCUAUGGCUGUGGACGCCUUCAACGGAUUCCGCCAACGGAAGUUCUGGUUCCCAUGUAAGUUCUUCUCUCUCAAUGCCACCACCCUAACCUUUAUAGCAGUGGCGAUCAAACUGUCGGUCGACCUCAACACCUCCAUGCCCCGCCGCCAAGAGCAACUCGCAAAACUCAGUAGCGCCGCCUUGAUAUGCACAGUAAUGGGUAAUUCCAUGCCUUCUCUAGGAACCAUGGGAAACAAAGAAAUAGUCGCGAACAUCGUGGCUCUGGGAAUCCUUGUUAUUACUGCAAUAGUCAACAUCUGCAUCCAAUUGGGUACUGGGGUUAUUUAUGUUUUCUGGAAAGAACAUGCUUUCCUUAUGUUCCUCAUGCUUGUUUUGCUAGCAAUGCUGUGUUCUUCAGCUUUGACUGUCCCGACUACCAAACGCUAUUUCGAGAUGAAAUACACUAAAAAGCAUCAAAUGGCAAUGAAAGAGUGCUCAAAUGGAACUGAGAAAUGCCAUCCUGAGAAACUGAGAGAGGAUCUGACCAAGUUUUGGAUGAUGGCGCAUACCUGUGGGCCCCAGUUUGUCAUAGGGCGUUCGGCGACAUGUACUGCCUCAGGGGCAUUCUCCCUUUUGGCUGCUGUGACCUUAGCAGAAGCUAUGCUUCGAUCUUACUUCAUGCCUCGGUCUUUCAAAUUUUGCAUUGGUGAAUCGGCAUAUAAGUGGUCAACUACUUUAGUUCUUGUAACCCAAAUCAUAGCAGUUGUUGCAGGUACUAUUGCCCCUGCUUUUAGAUGGUUCACCGCUAUCAAUUUCAGGUGUCCAAAGAAAGCAACUAAGGUCUGCAAGUUUAAACCCCAGUUUAAAGUGGAAAAUUACUGGAUCCAGUGGAUGGUAGAGUGGAAAGAGUGCCCGUUAGGGCUACCAAUGUGGGGACGCCAAGGUAAAAAGCUCACCCAUGACGCGAAGAAUGCAACUCUGGACUUGUGCAUUCGAGUGCAGUGCGGAAUAGUGGUGGUGAGCAAAUUGGUCCGACUAGUUUCCAUUUUCUUCAUGCGUGGGGUUCUGACAUGCUAUCUCUACUGCAAGGGAUUGACAUGGUUGUUCAAAUGCCACAAUGGUGUUACAAAUGACGACUCAGGGUCUGAAUCAAAGCCCUUUUCAAAGCUACACCUCAGCCGUUUCGUUUUGCAUCUUGAGGGAGAGGAAGAAUUGAUUGAUGUGAUGGUAGAGAGCAAUUGUGAUGCGACUGACAAGUGGUUUCUAAUGGGAAAAAAGAAGCCGCCUAAAAAUCUCAUACAGCUUCUAGAGAAAUCAAAGUCAUUAAAAGAAUUUAAGGGAGUACUUGAGUUUGAUAGCGACAAGGUUCCUUCUCUAGAUGCCGAAGAACCUACAAAUUGUUGGGCUCUUCCAGUCGUGACACUAACUAGUAUUGCGGUCGCACUCCCAGGAAUUGACAGCCUACUGAUUGAACAGUUAAUAAGAAGCGUAAACGAAGGUCUCAUGUAUGUCAGAAUUGUACAGAAUAACCUGAAUUCCACAGCAGAGUUAGAUAACAUCCGGAGGGCAGCAGAAAUUUUGUGGCUAGGUAUCGAACUCUAUCACAGGUGGCUAGAUGUGGAUCUCCGCAAGAUGGCCCUGCAAGCGAAAAGCCCAGAAAAGGUAAUGGAAGAGCUUUCUGAUAAUGCACAGAAGAGGUUUUGGGAAUUCAGAACGGAAGACAUUCAUGGUUGUUUGAGGGAGGACCCUUCUAGGUGGCCUGUCAAGGUGUUGGCGUCAAAUUCCAUGUACAGAAUAUGUAAAACUAUUUUUAUGGAUUAUGAAGCCAGAGACUAUGAUGGUAGUGAGAGGCUAUUUGAAAGGUUGUGUACCAUGAUAGCUGACAUAUUUGGCGCUUGUUUCACCAACUUACCGAUGGUUAUACCCAUGCAAUGCCACAACAGUGCCAUUGAAGAGAGGGAAGAAAGUGUCCACAGCGCAAUUGUUCUUCUGGGAAAGUCAGAAAAGAUUUUGGAAAUUCUCAGUCAACAACCACUUUCAAGUUUGAAUCCGGAGCAGCUCGCACAUAUUGAUGACUGGCGUUCAUUACACAAGCAGAAGACUUUAUCAACUGUUGGGAGUGCAACAGCUUUUAGUUCAUCUGAUCUGUACGUAUCCAUUGUGUAGAAUCAACUGCAUCGAUUUAGAACUGAAUACACCUAUAUAGAACCAUCUGAACCACAUGUAUUGUGAAAUAGAAUCUUAUUAAGAAUUUUCAGUUUUGAAUACGAUGUAUGGUUUUGGACAA